UGACUGCACUACCAACGGUCACUCCACUUCCGCCGUAGUAACGCUCAGGGCGGACAUGAUAGCAGUCUGUAGAGUGUAGAGCCAGACCUGGCCUGGCCAGCAUUUCAAGCCGCAUUUGCUUCAGCCUCUGACAGGCACCGUGUCGGAGAGAUGGAAGUUGCAGGAAGAUCCAACCCAUCUUUCAGACGUGUGCUGGUCUUCUGCCUUUUCCUGAGUAUCCGCCACUCUGCACAGGAGUGUGUCCCAUCUACUCGACGUGGUUUGGAACAGAACACGUGCACUGUCGAUGACGAGAAGUUUCAGACCAAAUGUGAUAAUGUUUACAUAAGAGGCAAACUGGCAAAGAUUUCAUGUGAACUGGAUACGACCUUUUUUAGAACACCUUGCGAGACAGAUGAAGUUAAAGUGGCAUUCAGAUAUCGUGGUAUUUUAACAGACUACUACUGUACGAUUACACCGAUGUUCGAUUCAACCACCUGCAACUCAGCUGAAAAAGCAGAUGGAACCGGUUCCUGCGAACAAAUUGGUCCCGACAGAUGGCGCUAUGAUUGCUAUUUCCUCGUAACGGACGAUAAGCAAAAUGCGCGACCAACGUGUUAUGUAGACUGCAAGCUAAAGGAAGGUGGAACCAAAUUUCAGAAUAUAUAUAGCAAACAAUGUGACAACCUCACAUUAGUGAAUGAAACGUUAACAACCGCACCACCACCACCAGCUAAUCCACUCCCACCAAAGGAAGAAUUUCCCCUAUGGGCAGCAAUUCUCAUUGCACUUGGCAUUGCCGGUUUGAUUGCAUUGGUGGCGUUCCUAGUGUGGAGAAAACGUCGGCAGGCCCAAGGUCCCGCUCAAGCUCCAGAAGGAGGAGCGGCUGAAGCAGAAGGAGAAGGAGAAGGAGAAGGUGAAGGAGAAGGUGAAGGAGAGGAUGAAGGAGAAGGAGAAGAAGCAGAAGAGGCAAGUGCCGAAGAGUCAGAACAACCAGAACAAGCAGCAGAAGGGUAA